UAGCCAAUAUUUCAUGAGUGUUCUUCCGUCGUCCGCCGGUUUCUAUUUUUCAAAAAACGGGAUUGAGUCAGUCUUUUGCAACAUAAACUUAAGAAUAGUGAAACAAUGCACGCAGAAACGACAUUAACGCUUAUACAAAUACUUGAAAAGACAGUUUCACCUGAUCGAAAUGAAUUGGAAGCAGCAGUUAGAUACCUCGACCAUGCUGCCACCACAAAUUUCACAACAUUCAUCAAAAUGUUGUCGGAUGUCCUUCUACAAGGUGGUAACAGUCAAGUGGCUAGGAUGGCAGCUGGUUUGCAAUUGAAAAAUCAUCUCACUUCUAAAGAUCCUACACUUAAACAACAAUAUCAACAAAGAUGGCUGGCUUUGGCAGAAGAUGUUCGACUUUAUAUAAAAGAAAAUAUUUUAGCUGCUAUAGGAACAGAGAAUAGUCGUCCAAGUUCAGCAGCACAGUGUGUGGCAUAUGUGGCAGUAGCUGAGCUCCCAGUAGGACAAUGGAAUGAUCUAAUACCAAUUCUUGUAGAAAAUGUUGUUCAUGUCCAAUCUACUGAACUCAAAAAGGAAGCGACUUUGGAGGCUAUUGGCUACAUUUGUCAGGAUAUUGAUGCUGAAGUUUUAACAGAAAGAAGUAAUCAAAUUCUUACGGCCAUCAUACAUGGCAUGAGGUCAACUGAACCCAGUAAUCAUGUUCGACUAGCUGCUACUCAAGCUUUGCUCAACUCUCUAGAAUUCACCAGAGCGAACUUUGAAAAAGAAAAUGAAAGAAACUUUAUUAUGGAGGUUGUCUGUGAAGCCACACAGUCUAGUGACAUGAGAAUCAGCGUUGCUGCUUUGCAAUGCUUAGUGAAAAUUUUAUCACUUUAUUAUCAACAUAUGGAACCUUACAUGGGACAAGCUCUAUUCCCCAUAACACUUGAGGCUAUGAAAUCUGAUAUUGAUGAGAUUUCAUUACAAGGUAUUGAAUUCUGGUCCAAUGUGAGCGAUGAGGAAAUAGAUCUCGCAAUUGAAGAAGCUGAAGCAGUUGAAGCAGGUCGACCUCCAACUAGAACUUCACGAUUCUAUGCAAGAGGGGCACUUCAAUACCUUGCACCUGUCUUGAUGCAAAAACUAACAAAACAAGAUGAUUCUGAUGAUGAAUUGGAAUGGAAUCCGUCAAAGGCUGCUUCUGUUUGUCUUAUGCUUUUGUCAAAUUGCUGUGAAGACGAAAUUGUACCGCAUGUGUUACCGUUUAUUAAUUGUAACAUUAAAAGUGAAAAUUGGCGAUACAGAGAAGCUGCUCUAAUGGCAUUUGGUUCAAUUCUUGGUGGUCUUGGAGCUAACACUCUGAAACCAUUAGUGGAAAAUGCCAUGCCAACUUUGAUUGAAGCGAUGUAUGAUUCUAGUAUAGCUGUAAGGGACACCGCUGCUUGGACAUUUGGUAGAAUUUGUGAAAUUGUCCCUGAAGCUGCUAUCAAUGAAACAUAUUUGAAACCAUUAUUAGAGAGUCUUGUAAAUGGUUUAAAAGCUGAACCUAGAGUUGCAGCUAAUGUUUGUUGGGCAUUCACCGGUUUGGCAGAAGCAGCAUACGAGGCAGCGGAUGGGGGUGAUUCUAAUCAGCCAAAGACAUAUUGCAUGUCAAAUUAUUUUGAUUUCAUCGUUCAGAGAUUACUUGAAACAACAGAUCGUCAAGAUGCUGCUCAACAUAAUUUGAGAUCAGCUGCAUAUGAAGCUCUAAUGGAAAUGGUCAAAAAUUCGCCCAGUGACUGUUAUGUCACAGUCCAAAAGACCACUAUGGUUAUACUUGAGAGACUCCAACAAGUUCUACAAAUGGAAAUACAUGUUUCUAGUCAAGCUGACCGUUCUCAAUUUAACGACCUCCAAAGUUUAUUAUGUGCUACCUUGCAUUCGGUUCUAAAAAAAGUUACUCCUGAUGAUGCUCCUCAAAUAUCAGACACAAUAAUGACUGCUUUGUUAACUGUAUUUGCAAGUAAUGCUGGAAAAGCAGGCAGUGUUCAGGAGGAUGCUCUGAUGGCUGUUUCUACUCUUGUUGAAGUCUUAGGAGAAGAGUUUUUAAAAUACAUGGAUACAUUCAAAAAAUACCUUUAUACUGGUCUUAAAAACCACCAGGAGUACCAAGUUUGCAUUGCAGCUGUAGGAUUGACUGGUGAUAUCUGUCGCGCCUUGAAAAAUAAGAUGGCACCCUAUUGUGAUGAGAUAAUAGUUUUGUUAUUGGAGAAUUUAGGUGAUCCAUCAAUUCACCGAUCAGUGAAGCCUGAAAUAUUAUCCGUAUUUGGAGACAUUGCUUUGAGUAUUGGUAGCGAUUUUGGAAAAUAUUUUGAUGUCGUCAUGCAAAUGCUAUUGCAGGCUAGUAAUGCUCAAGUGGACCAUAACGACUAUGAUAUGGUUGAAUAUUUGGGUGAACUCCGCGAAAGCGUUCUGGAAGCAUACACUGGAAUCAUUCAAGGCCUUAAAGGUGUAGGUUCUCAGGUACGACCGGACAUCGCUAUCGUCGAGCCGCACGUGCCGGCGAUCGUUAACUUCAUGAUUCAGGUUGCGAACGAGGAGGACCGCACCGACGCCCAGAUGGCGGUCAUAUCGGGGCUCAUGGGCGACUUGACUAACGCGUUCGGGGCGCACGUGCUGCCCAUGCUCGACACCAAGCCGCUCACCGACAUGCUGCAGGUGGCGCGGCGCUCCCGCGUGGCGCGCACCAAGACGCUCGCCAAUUGGGCGACCAAAGAGAUGCGUCGCGUCAAGCAGACCCUCCCUCUUGCCAGCUGAUUUGGAAUUACCGACCACAGCAUUGAAACGCAGCUUGAAACAACAUACUGCUGGUAAAAUCAAUUUUUGAAGUCAGGCAAAUUAUAAAGUCCAUUUAGUAAAUAAAUCGAUAAGUGCAUACAUCGUCAGUUUGUACGUUUCGGUCAGCAUGUUAAAUAUUAGUCUUAUGAGAGAGUAUGUUCUUAUUGUUAAACGCGCUAAAUGUUAAAUUGCAGUUAUUAAGUACUAUUGUGUCCUAAUAAUUUAUGAAAACGAAACUUCGUAGAUAUUUAAACAAAUUUAAGUAAUAAUUGAUAGUAUCUAUAACGUAUUCACACAAAAAUGCACUUAUCGUUACAUAUAUCACAUAACUAAUUAUGUAUGCCUGGCUAUAUCUUUCCAUGAUAAUCUUGAAAGUUAGAGCAUUUUCCUAUUCGGUAUUAUAAAUACAGACAGUGGCUGUGGUAUGUUUACUUAUGUGAGUUAAAGUGUUCUUUUGGAAGUUGACGUAUGAAAGAUGAUGUAUGUUACUUUAGGCAUGCACAUGUGCAAGGUAUUGUGAAUUGUAUAAAUUAUUAAUAUGUUUUGUAAGAUGUAUGAAAGGAGGAAUGUAUGAGGUUGUCCGUCGUUGAUGUUGGUAGCAUAGACGACGUGUGGUAUGCGAAAUAAAAAUUUGGUGUAAUAAAAUAUGUUUAAGGUUCUCUCGACAUUGUUAGAGACAGAAGGACGCCUUAUUGGUUGUGAUAACUUAUCAUUCACCACAAAAUAUCUGAGAGCAGCAGCGUUGGAUGGACCAUUAGUACUGAAUGAUUUUUAUACAACUUUAACUUUUAGGUCUUACUGUUUUAUUACGAAUCUAUAUUAUUAAAAACGCUCAAAUAUGUUAGAAAUUGAAAAAUAUUUUAGCUGCAAAUACUGUGUUAGAAAUUCCCCACAUUAAUUGCGGAGUAAAGAAUUUUAAGCUAGACUCGCCUUAAGUACAUCCUAUUUAAAUGGUUUAAUUUUUUAUGGUCUGUGUGGAAUAAAUGGUAAAGUAAAAAAAAAAAAAAAGACUUCAAUUUUAUUACUAUUGGUAAUUACUUCAUUUUUCGUUGUGAGCGACAAAUAGUAAAUACCUAUUUAUUGUUUUAAUAAAGUAUAGUAAAACGUUAAUCAUUAACAAUCCAUAUUCAAUUAUAACAUUUAGAUCUAAAUUUUAUUAAAGUUUUGACAUCAUUGAAAUUAUAGACAUUAUUUACCACAUUUAAAAAAAUAUACUUUAAAACGUUAAACGAUAGUUUGACCGGGGCUUGUGGUGAAUGAGAACUUAUUUCCUUCCGAUCUCGAAUUAAAAAAAAAUGUACAUAUUAUGUAAUUAACGGAUUUCCUUUGAUAUGAAAUAGAAUAAUUGAAAAUCGGCAGGCCUAUUUUAAAAAUUGUAAAAUCGUGACAAAAAAAUUGGAAUCUCAGCUCAGGUGACGUACCUUAUAAAUAUAAUUAUUUUUUCUAAAUUAAAAAUCUUUGUAGUCAUUUCUGAUGCCGAAGUAACUCAGCGUAUAUUAAAUUUUAAGUCAACAGACAAUACUCUGUAUUUUAAUUAAUAGUGACCCUUAAUAUAAAUCGUUAACACCGCGUUCGGUGCUAACCGUGUGUUCGCAUGGAAUUCUGAAUGCUUCCUGGCCUAUUUUUGUUAAUAUCUUAAUUUUAAUAGGUGAUCUAUUUUCGACGUCGCUUACACUGAUUUCCAUUUGGUACACAUCACCGAUUUUCAUGAUCCAUCUGUAUAAAAACGAAUAACAAUAAAGAUAAAUAAUAUGGACAUGGUGGUUAAAAGAAAUGUUAGAGUUUCAUAUAUUUUUUUACCUAUAAUUUAAUGUCUGAGUGUCUGCUAGUCUGUGAGCAUCACUGACAGGAACGAUGUUUGCGUGAUUAAUGCAAGUUUUUAUGAGAUGUAAAAUUGUUGAGGAUUACAAAGAACGUGCGGUUGUGCGUAAUCUACUUUCUACUUGAAGUAUAGCAUAUCACAAGACCAAGCUCAGAAAAUGUAAAUGUUUGAUUUUAAUAAACUUGUAUCUGAGUAUGAUAGGAGAUUGUGUGAGGACUAGUGCCAUGCCAUGAAAGGUUCUGAAUUAGAAUCAUUGGCAUUAAGUCGAUGAAUACCACCCACUUUUCUCAUGCGGUAUCAAAUUAAAUAAAUUUCGUUGUGCCGUAUGUUUCCGUUUUCAAUUUAGUUAAUCUAUAUAUUACCCGUGUAAACUGUUCCAUGGUAAUUAAAACAUUUAGAAAUA